UGGGAACUCCUUCAAGACUGUUGGAAAAGCAUUCCAGCAGCCAACACAUUUCCGUAUGUGAAGAAGCGUGUGGAGGUGUUGGGGGAGAAGCAGGUAGAGCUGAAGCCUGUGGACGGGGCCAUCGACGAGAUGCAGGCGCGCACCGCCGAGCUGACCAAACUCUGCUCCUCCCAGGAGGUGGACAUUAUCCAGCUGCAGCUCAAAUUGCAGGGCUGUGUCUCUGUACAGGUCAAUGCAGGUCCUAUGGCAUAUGCCAGAGCCUUUCUGGACAACUCCAAAACCAGAAAGUCAGCUUGGAUGUGUGUGUGUGCUUUCGUGGGUGUCUGUGUGUCCUGUCUAUGCAGGAGGUUUGUGGAGGCCUGCAGCAUGGCACUGAACAUAAAUGAGCGUCUGAUCAAGGAGGACCAGUUUGAGUACCAUGAGGGCCUGAAGGGCAACUUCAAAGACAUGGUUAAGGAGCUGUCAGACAUCAUCCAUGAACAGAUCUUCCAGGAGGAUAUGAUGCAGUCACUGCUCCAGAACUCCUUACACGUAUUCUGUGCCAUCAGUGGGACGACUACAGUCCUGGGCUAAAGUCUACAGACCGCACACACACAGAGUAUAGCUAUUUUUCACACAAACAAACACAUUCUCUGCCAGCUGAACCCAAACCGGACCUGUCGGCUUCCUCACUCACUUUGGUCAAAAAAGACUGUAAAAUCACCAUCUAAAAAUGUGUUUAAUUUAGGAUUUUUUAUUUUUUUAAAGAGACGUGAUCGUGUCUCAAUGUAAUAAAGGUAGGAAAUUAUUGUUAUUUUCAAAUACAAUCUCAUUUUGGUCCUCGGCUGAAUCUAGUAUUUUGGCAUGUUUAUUCGUUUCUUUGAACUCUGGACUGUUGCAACUAAAAGCUCUAUGCAGACUGACUUAAUCACUUCAGUGUAAGGCAGUGUUAACACUGCAGGUUAGCGUUUUUCAUCAUGAAUCUUGCCCUGGAGGCAGCUCUGCAGAGUGGUCACUAGCUGGAACAG